UUUCUGCUCGUCCUCGUGCCCAGCGCCCCCUCCCACCUCCCCCGGCGCCUCGCGGUGCGCGACACGUGGGGGCGACCCCCGCCCACCACGACCCCCUCCUCCCCCCCCGUCACCCGCACCCUCUUCGUGCUGGGAGUGCCCCCCACCCCGAAUUCGCAGCGGGAGCUGCUCCGCGAGUGGAGGCUCCACGGGGACCUCCUGCAGGGGGAUUUUGGGGACUCCUACUCCAACCUGACCUUGAAGACGCUGCUGCUGCUGCGCUGGGCCCUCACCUGCUGCGGGGGGGCCCCCUUCGUCCUCAAGGCUGACGACGACACCUUUGUGAACCCCCCCGCUAUCGCGACAUACCUGUUGUCACCCUCCACGCCCCGCCGCCUCUACCUGGGCCGCGUCCACUGGCGCGUGGCCCCCGACCGCGACCCCCGCAGCCGCCACCACGUCCCCGCGCGGCUCUAUCGCGACAGCGCCUUCCCUCCCUACUGCAGCGGCACGGCCUACGUGCUGUCGCGACAGGCGGCGGCGGCGGUGCUGGCGGCGGCGCCGCGCGUGCCCCUCGUGGGGCCCGAGGACGUGUGGGUGGGGCUGUGCGCCCGCCGGGCGGGGGUCGCGCCACGCCACUCGGCGAGGUUCGGGGGGUCGGCCAGGGUCCCCCCCGAGCGGUGCUGCCUGGGCGAGGUGAUGUUCAGCGCCCACCGCCUGCGCCCCCACGAGCUCAGGGGGCUCUGGGGGGGCCCGGGGGGGGCGUGCGGGGUCGUGCAGAGGCUGCUGGGGGUGCUGCGGUGCCGGGGAUUGGCGCUGUGGGAGUGGCUCUGGGGGGGGUGA